AUGGCGGAUGUCAUCGGCGUCAUCAGCGGCAUAGUUUCACCGGUGAAGGUGACCAAAGAACUUGUCCUGCUGUGCUACAAAUACAUCGGUUCUGUGCGCGACGCGCCAGCUGAUCUCCGUCGUAUCGGGAACCAAGUCUCAGUCUUCCUGACUGAAGUACAAUCACUGGAGUGCUACAUCACAACCCAUCCUGAGGACACCGAUACCAUUCAGACUUUGGCGAAGCCAGAUGGGGUCCUCAUUGAAUCACGCAGCACCAUCGAGGAACUGAUGAGUCUCCUCGGUCCAAGAAUGACUGCUGUAGAGUCGAGCGCGUCGCCUCGAGGUCUACGGGCCACAAUGUCCCGACUCACUCUGGACGACUUGAACUGGCCAAGAAAGGAACGCAAAGUCAGAAAGAUCCUUUCCGACUUGGAGUCAUUCAAGAACACCACCACUCUGGCAUUGACCAACGGGCUUGCGAGAGAUAUCCAGGUGGUAAAGGUCGGCGUGCGCGACCUCCAGGCAGGAAUGCAGGCUGUUAAUGCAGCGCUUGACUAG